AUGUCCGGCAAAGGCAACACCGCAUACGGAGCCCCCUCAUCAGAUACCGCCUUCCGCAAAACAUGGGACCGAGAAGAAUACGCCAAAAAGGCCGCAGAUGAAGAGGCGAAGCGCAAAGAAGAGGGCAAGGCGCGCUAUGAGGCAAAGCUCCUAGGCAAAAAAUGGCACGCACCGGUGGACUACAGCACGCUCGAGGCGACAACCUCGCGCAAACAGCGCCUCGAUGUCGCCUCGAUGGUGGGCAAGACGACGAUUGUUCCAGCGGGGUCGGCAGUGGGUAAAAGGGGUCGCGGUGCUGGAUUCUACUGCUCCGACUGUGAUCUUACCUUCAAGGAUAAUCUGCAGCUGGUGGAGCAUUUGAACAGCAAGCAACACUUGAUUGCGACGGGUCAGAGUGGCGAGGUGGUUCGUGCUGGUUUGGAGGACGUGCGGCAGCGGUUGCGAUUUCUGGCUCAUCAGAAGCGAGUCAGGGAGGAAGAAGAACGGCGUGCUUGGCAGUUGGAUCUUGGCGAAAGAUUGAAGGAGAGGGAGGAACAAGAGGCCAAAGAGAGAGAGGAAAAGAGAAGGAAGAGGAACGAAAAGCGUCGGAAGAAUGGAGAAAACGGGAUCAAGCAGGAGGAAGAUUCCUGGGAAGGUCGACUCGGCAUUAUCGCAUAG